GAAGCAAGCUGUGGAAGUGAGUGUGGCCAGCCACGCCCUGCUGAAAUUUUCCAGCACUGACCCUGCUGUGAUUUGCUGUAAACUCUUCAGUCCUUGCACUUUGGUUAAGACAUCUCAGGCCCUCUUUCAGCUCCUUGGCCAGCUGCGGUGGCCUUGGUGGCACCCUACCCCAGUGGUCAGCCCAGGGCUUCUCCCACCCAUGCAGUCGCCAGCUGCCACUGCCGAGGGCUUCAGCGGCCCACUCUUUGAGACCUACACACUCCCCACCUUCAAGUUCCAGCCUCGCCGUGAGAGCAUAGACUGGAGGCGCAUUAAUGCUUUGGAUGUGGACCGUGUGGCCCAGGAGCUGGACGUGGCCACUCUGCAGGAGAACAUCGCUGGUGUUACCUUCUGCAACUUGAACCAGGAGGUGUGCAGCCGCUGUGGGCAGCCCGUGGACCCGGUACUGCUCAAGGUGCUGCGCCUGGCACAGCUUAUCAUUGAGUACCUGCUGCACUGCCAGGAUUGCCUGAGUGCCCGUGUUGCCCAGCUGGAGGCACGGCUGCAGGCCAGCCUGGGCCAGCAGCAGCGUGGCCAGCAGGAGCUGGGCCGCCAGGCUGAUGAGCUCAAGGGCGUACGGGAGGAGAGCCGCCGGCGUCGAAAGAUGAUCAGCACCCUACAGCAGCUGCUAAUGCAGACAGGUGCCCACAACUACCAUGCGUGCCACCUGUGUGACAAGACGUUCAUGAACGCCACCUUUCUGCGGGGCCACAUCCAGCGCAGGCAUGCAGGCAGUGCAGAAGGUGGAAAGCAGAAGCAGCAGGAACGGCCAGCUGAGGAGCUCGUGGAAGAGCUGAGAGCCAAGCUGAGGAGGACUGAAGGGGAGCUGGAAGCCCAGAGGGAGGCCGAGAGGCGGCGCCAGCUCCAGGAAGCAGAGAUUACUCGUCAGAGGGAAAUAGAAGUGAAGAAAGAAUUUGAUGAAUGGAAAGAAGAAGAGCGGACCAAGCUUUACGGAGAAAUAGACAAGCUAAAACAAUUACUUUGGGAUGAAUUUAAAACUGUCGCCAACCAGAACUCUACGCUAGCAGAGAAACUGCAGGCUCUUCAGUCCCACACUGUGACGGAAUCCAACCUCGGGUCACUGCGAGAUGAGGAGUCUGAGGAGCGACUCAGGCAGGCACAAGAGCUCCAGGCCUUGAGAGAGAAGCUGGAGACUCAGAAAACAGAGUGGAAGAGAAAAUUGAAGGAACUGCAAGAAGAGCGUGUGACAGAGAGGAGAGAGCUACAGGAGGAGAAUGAGAGGCUGCAGGCGUCCCUGUCUCAGGAUCAGAGGAAGGCGGCCACCCAGGCCCAGCGCCAGAUCAAUGCCCUCCAUGCCCAACUGCGGGAACAAGCCAGGCUCAUCGCCUCGCAGGAGGAGAAGAUCCAGACGUUGUCCCUCAGGAAGACAGAGCGGAUCCAAGAGCUUCCCAAGGCUGUGGACACAGAGGAGGACUCUCCGGAGGAAGAGCUGGAGGACUCUCAAGAUGAACAGCAGCAUGUGCUGGCUGCUCUGCGGCGAAACCCACCAUUACUGAAGCAGUUCCGGCCCAUCCUGGAGGACACCCUGGAAGAGAAGCUAGAAAGCCUGGGUAUACAGAGGGAUGCAAAAGGAAUCGCCGUUCAGACUCUCAGACACCUGGAGUCCGUGCUGAAAGCCCAGCGGGAGCAGAAGGCCAGGAAGUUUUCUGAAUUUCUGCGUCUGAGGAAAAAGCUCAUCAAAGAAGCCACCAGCAGAAUGAAGGAGAGACAGAACGGGGAAGUGCUGUCCCAGCUCGAUGGCCAGCCUCCAGCCAAAAGCCAGUGGAGCACACUGCUUACCAGAGAGGUCCGGCCAAAGACCGGGACCCUGCACGUGGCGUUGCCAUCCAAGCUGGCAGAGCCAUUCACACCAGCUCUUCAGAGCCGCAGCAGCCAUGGCCCUGGCCCAACCCAGGUGUCUGCCCCGACUCCACGCCCCAGAAGGCACAGACCCUCCAGCACCCCUGUGCCCCAGGGCCCGGGGCUGAGCAGCACGCCCCCAUUCAGUUCUGAGGAGGACUCGGAGGAAAACGCUGCGCAUCGUUCGUCUCUUCAGACCCCACGGGUUCCUUCCAAGAUGGUGCCCCAGCAGGAAAAAGACUGGGACUGGUCUGACACUGAGUCCUCGGAAGGGAAUGCCCAGCGCCCUGACAAGGGCUCAGGUGGGCUGAGUUCCUCUGGAACGCUGGUGCAGUCGAUGGUGAAAAAUCUCGAGAAGCAGCUUGAGGCUCCAGCAAAGAAGCCUGCUGGAGGGGUCAGGCUGUUCUUAAGGCCUAACACUGGACCAGAGAGGGCUGCCGUGUCAGGAAGGAAGCCUCAGCUUUCUGAAGAUGAGAGUGACUUAGAGAUCUCUUCCUUGGAAGAUCUCUCCCAGGACCUGGACCAGAGAGAGAAGCCAAAGCCCUUGUCCCGCUCAAAGCUCCCGGAGAAGAUUGACGCCAGUGCUUGGACCUCUGGCCGACCCAGGGUCCCUGGCUGGUGAUCCUAUCCAGGCCUUGCUGCAGGGGGCCAGCCUGUUACCUGGCUGGGGCCAGCUUGGGGCACAUUCCAUCAGGCUGCUGGGCCUCUUGCUUUUACCAGCAACCUUUGGAGGAAAGCAGGGCAGGGGCCAGAUAUGACCUCUCUCUUUGCUGCCUUCUCCAGAGAGUCAGGGGUACCUGGUAGGGGAUGCUAGUUCUCAAGGUUUGAAAAAUGGUUAUAACAGGAAACCCAUGCAGGUUCCAGCCUCCAUUUCCAUGUCUGCUUCAGGCUGAGAAGAGUUACGUAGCCACUCCUCCUGAGCCUUUUGUAAAUCUGCAGAUCACUAUAAGGGGUCCUAAUGCCUGCCAGUGAUUGAGCCAAAUUCAGUUAUUGAGCACCUACUCUGUGCUGGGUUCUCCAGCUUCUCAUUACUGAUUUGGGGCUUAGGCAGAGGUGGGUGGGGUAGUUUACAUCCAGGGCCAGUAGGCACUAACUAGUGACAAAGAUAGGAGUGUUUUGGGCACGUGGGAGAGGCCUGGGUGAUUUUGGAGGACUUCCCAGGACUGUGGUGUCUGUAGGGCCUGUUCACAGGUAGGAAGAAAAGAGAGCCAUUUGGCUGAGGCUUCUUAUCCUCAAGGGAUCACAGAUUUAAUUUUUAAUAUUAUUUCCCAAAUCAAGACUUAUACAUAACCAUUGUAUUUUUUAAAUGUGAAAACAUUAAUUUAUUAUAUGCAAACAUUUCAAUACAGUAUGGUGCAUAUAACUCUGUGAUUUCCUAAUUGUUUUUUGAGCUUUGCAGGGGCAGAGGGUGGUGAAGAGGGAAGGAAGCAACCUGCACCUCCACUGUGUUGGUUUGUGUCCUUUGAGAAGCCCGCUACCCAGGUGGAGUGAGGAGCAGGAGUUUUGUGAGGAGCCACCUGCAGCAAAGGGAAAGAUGGCAGAAGUGGGAUCAGGUAGGGAAAGGCUGCUGAGUAGGGUGCAGAGCGGAAAGAAAGGAGGCAAAGAGUCCCAGACUACCAGGUAAGGUCGACAAGGUCUCUACCAGCCCAAGGGGGAGGCGCAGAGCAAGAGCUGCUCCGGAAGGAGUGCCCACGGGGUAGGACACCCAGGCCCUCCUGCGCUGUUCUUGGCCGUGGGUUGGGGCACCCUAGGGUGAGUGAGAGCUCCACCCGAAAACUGAAGGAACGCUGUCGGCCAACUUCAUUCCUCAGUGCUGAACAGCAUUUUUUCCCCUAAAGGAGGCCCAGUCAUGUACCUUCACGUCUACCACAGCAAAGUGUGUUCUUCGUUUUUGAUUUUUUUCUUGGUACCAGGAAUCUAACUCAGGACCUUGCGCUUGCCAGGCAGGCACUGUGCCACUGAGCGACAUCCCUGCCCUUUAACUUUUUAUUUAUGAGACAUUUCAAACAUAGAUAUGAGUGGAGGGGAUAGCAUGGCAAGCCCGUGUCCUCAUCCCUGGGCUUCAGCCGUUAUCGAGUCACAGCCAGUUUUGAUUCAUCGAUCUCCAGCUCUUACCUGGUCUGGGCUUCUUUUGACCUCCGAGUGUACCUGAGAGGUGGGUUGGCCUGAAAGUUCUCAUAGGAAGAACCAGGGGAGGGGCGAUGAAGGAAAUCCAUCUCACAGAGCAAAAGGAGUCCGGUGUGGUGGGCAGGGGUAAGGCUGGGGAAUGGUGGUGUGAAGGAAGCUGUUCCGUGAGGCUGGGCUAUGGACCUCGAGGAGCCACGUGGGCGUUGCAGCCAGCACACCCCUGGCUGGCCGGUGGGUAACUCCCUUUGUGCAUCCCAUACCACUGAACAGCGGAGAAUGUUUAUGAUGGACAGCGACUGUGUGAGGAGGAAGAAGGGGCAGCAAGUGGGGAGCGGUGACGAGGUUCAUUCUUCCCUAAGGGUUCUAACAGCAAUCUCACAUUUUCCUAUUCACUGGGUCUGGACAAGAGGUGCUUGUGCUGCCCUGGCCUGGUCUUCCCCAUCACAUCCUGAUGCCACCCAGCUCUUUAUUUCUUUUAUCUUACCUCAGAGGAAGGGCAUGUGGAGUCUAGACUGCAAUCCUGGCAGCUACACUCUUUGCUUACGACAUUGGGGAAGUCAUGGAACGUUUUGCUUUCACAUCUGUGGAGUGAGGAGUUUGACAGAGAUGGUCUCCUAGACUUACAGUAUUCUACAGUUACAUGAAUGCCACAGGCUUUAGAAAUUCAUUUUUAACCUUUAAAAAGAUACAGAAAGUCCCUGACUUAUGAACAUACACGUUGCUUCGCAGAUACCAAUGGACCUCGCAUUAUGGACAUUCGUAGAUAGAUAUGAACAAAUUGGGGAAGUAAUUCACAGUUUUACAGAAUUGAGAACAACCCUGCACUGACCUUCUGUGUUGCCAUAACCCUUUUUGGGGUAAAGAUGAUCUCCUUUGGGGGGUGUCUUAAUGCUUAACAGAGCUUGCAAGGCUGGGGCAAGGCUCUUCCAGAGACUGUGUAUGCUCUGAAUCAGAUUUAAUGCAGCACACAGAAAUUUACAAGAUUCACUUACAGUGAUGCCCACAGAGUCAAACGUAGAAGAGAGCAAGAGAUCUGUCCAUGUGCUGCAGAGCUGAGGGAUCCAACUGCAGGCCUGGAGCCUACUGCAGUGUACCAUGAGUUCACAUCAGAAGGCCUAAGGAUCUGUGAUGGAAGACCGAGGGGUCUGUGCCAGGAGGUUGAAGGGCUGGACUAGAAGCUAAAGAGUCUGAGCAGACAGGCUGAAAGGCUGGUGCUGGAAACUGAAGAAUCUGCUCUGAAAGCCAGGAGAAGACCCCCAAGGCAAAGGUGAAGACCGAAGCUCCUCCAAAGAGAACAGCAGCCACUCUUGGAUAUGGCAAGGAUCAGAGUUCCUCCAGCAAGAACAGCCGAAGGACGCUCCUCUGAGGAAAAUCAGCAGAAAUCCUUCCUUCCUGUUUCUCCUUUUAUAUCAUUCUGACAACAGUCCUCCUUAAUGUGGAUCUUAAAGCCAGAACCAUGCUGACUGGAUUCAGCUGGGUGUUCCCAUGCACACUGACAGUUAAGUAACCACCACGGGCAAUCAAUUCCUGGAGUGCCCUGUCAAAACUGGCAUAAAACCGCUGCAAUGGGAAGAUCUUUGAGUUUACUUCUCUAGUUCUUGGUGACCACAGCUCCGACUGCUCAAGGAACCAUGAUGUGGUGUUUGUUGAAACAUAGUUUGUUCAGCCUGAAGACCUCUGAAUAUUCGCCAAGCCCUCUGGAAGCUGCUUUCAUAUACACUAUUGAUCAGCCCAAGUGGACUAAGACCGAGAGGACAGAUCACCUGCUGGAGAUCAGAGGACCAGCUAGCAGUACAGUCACACUGGAAUUCAGCUCUGCAAACUCCAGGUCCACUUGAGGAGUUACAACACAGUUUUGUAACACCAUUACCGGUGACAUUUUGGAAUGGAUGCUUCUUUGUUGUGUCCUGUACACUGUAGGAUAUUUAGCAGCAUCCUUUCCCUGUACCUACUAGAUGCUAAUAUCACUUUCCUCUGCCCCCUACCAAAAUUGUAACAAUCUAAAUUAUCUUCAGAGGUUGCCAAAUAUCCUGGAGAGUGGUGAUAGCGUAACAUAUCUCCCAACUGAGAAUGACCAAGUACACAGCUUUGGAGCUGGAAGGAACCUAGCAUAUUUCUUUUUCCUUUCAAAAGUAUCACUCCUAAACUUGCUAGGCUGACAUAUUCCUUGUCUGUUUUUUAGAUUCCCCGUGCAUGGGAAAGUUCAAUGGACCUUUAGUUAAUAAAAUUCUGCCAAACAUCUAGAUAAAUGCAUUAAAAUGGACUCUGAGCAAA